AAAUUUAAAAAAGAAAAAGCAGUAAAUCUCUGUUGUUAGCUCCUCUUUUUAUAUCGCCUUCAUUUCCGAACAGAUCCCUCCCAUGUCCCCAAUACAAAGAACUAUUCCUGAAAACAACAAAUUUUAAGAGGGGGAAAAACAUCCAAUAAAACUAACUAUGUCAUCAACUGAGCUAACCAGUCUGUGCCAUGUUCCACAGCCAUAUCCCCUGCAAAGGAAGAUGGGAAGUGCAUUCUCGCAUCUGUUUCUUGGGGCCUUUUUAGGCAACUGUCUAACAAGGAGAUCUGUGGGUCAAAGGAUAUAAGCAUUUUGGUCACAUAGUAUCGUUCCAAAUUGCUUUCAAUGGGAGAAGAGCGCUCAUUAUCCUUAGUUAAUGCUCCAGUAGAGACCUGGCAGUGGCUAACUGGGCAACAUAUAACAAGACCCCAAUUCCAGCCACAUCCGAGCCAGAAGUCGUGGACUCCACCCUGUAUUUCACGUAUCUCGGUUGAGCAAUAUUUUCUUUGAAGGCACCGACCUUUGACUUCUAAUAAGUGAAUAGAGGAGGAUGAAUGGCGCAUUAGCUGAAUUCUGGGCUCUCCAAAAUACAGGAAGUUUUGAGAUGCUGAGUGUUAACAAAAUGGAGAGGCUCCAGCAGCAGCAGCAGCAACCAGAAUGGGAAGGCCCUUGGAGUCACGCCAUCUGAAGUCUGAAUUGGGAGUACGUCUAGCCUCAAGAAGUGCAGAUUUGGGGCACGUAUGAGCUGUCUUUAGUAUCUGUUAUAGAUUCAGAAGAGAUUACCCUUGAUCUGCUGGGUCCCAGAGGGCAAACAGAAACCAUGAGGAGGAUGGAAGACUGCAAAGAUGCCAAAUUUAGCAUGAUGUCAGGAAAAAUUCCCCACGAUUAGUGCUGUUCCCCGAGUGAAUGGACCACCUGCCUCAGGAGGGACUGGGUGCCCCAUCACUGAAGGCCUGAGUAUGUUACAGAGGGCCUUCUUGUUCACAUCUAGCUUGCAUUCAGUGACUUCUGGGUCCCUUCCAAGUUGCAAAUUUAGGGCAAGCCCAGAUGGUCAGUCUCAUGAGCAAUGGUUCAGCUCCCUCCUCCUAAUAAGAAUCUGGAGCCUGGGAGAUUUCUCUUCCCCCCAUGCAAGGGAGGUCAGGCCUGGGGUGGCAAGAGAUGGGAGCGGGGCUGAAGAGAAGCUCCCAGCUUUUUGUCUGGAUUUCUUUCCCUUGCUUCUUCCCUAGGUGAGAGGCUGAGGAGAAGCACCCAGUUCUUUGGAUUUCUUUCCCUUGCUUCCCCGGCACCAAGAUCAGCCUAGGGUACAAGGCAGCCGUCCAGACAGGGGUCCCCUGGCCUCUGGACAGAGACAGCGAAACUCGAUUUUACUAGUAAAUACGUACUAGUAAGUACGUAAAAAAAGUGCUUCCCACUCUCCCUCCUGGAAGUGGCCAUGAACAAACCACAUCUGCCCCAAAGAGAGACCCCCUCCUACAGGGAGUCUUCCCUCAAUUUCCCUUGGGUGACUUCUGCCACAGUAGAGAACACAAUAUUAUUCCUAUUACUAGGAAUAUUACUAUUCGUAGUAGUUACUACAAAACUGCUAUUCCCAGCCCUCAGCCCAGAAUUCUGCCUCUGUGACUCAGUCCUUUUGUGCUCUAGUGCCCAAGGCACCAGGAAGCUAUGGGCAGAGGACUCCACCCUGACAACUUGCGAUUAACUGACAGGCCCAGCAGCUAGAAGUGUAACUUGGGACAUUUCAUCUGCUUUCCCAACGUGGAAAGGGACGUCCCACACCUUUGCCUCUCACCUGGGCGGCAGGCUGGUUGGUCAGCCGUUCAUUCAUUGAACACCCACUGUGUACCAGGUCUGCUGCGGGGCCCAGAGGAUCAGGAGCUGACCUGCCUCAAGGUUCAACCCUCCCCCACUUCAUCCGACAGCUGAAUAAACUAAGGCUCAGGGAAGGCCCGGAGGAGGUGACCAAAGCCAAACGUCAAGGCACCGAAUCAUGGCUUGAACUUCUAGAAAAACUUAAGAGCCUCGAGCUUUCCCCUUGUGGUUUCAUCUGAUUCUCCUGGAUGCUAGGUACUCAUCUAAUCCCCAUUUUGUAGUUGAGAAACUGAGGCUGAUAAAGGGAAACUGACUUGGCCAGGGCCCCCCAUUUAGUGUGUCCGUUUAGUUCUCCUCACUGGACCGCCUGGCUGCCACUUAAGCUGGAAGGCAACAGCUUCCAAGGAAGGGAAGAAAAUGAUAUGGAGAGAGAGGAUGUGGGAGGAGGCUCUGGGCCCCAGGCUGUGGGCUCUGUGAGCUCCCCUCUCUGUGCUUCAGUUUUCUCCUCUGUAAGGUAGGGAAGUUGGACUAGAUAAUCUUUCAGGUCCCAUCUGAGUCAAAGAUCCAUAAUCUAUUCACUGAUGGCCCAAGAGCAGAGCUCGGGUGGCUCCGCUGGCACCCCGUUGGUGUCUGCCCAUCAUCGAUCGUCCCCAGCCAAGUUCAUCUGGGAGGCUGGGGAAGGAGCAAGCCCCCGGGCCCGCAACGGGACUAAGCAAAAGGUUCCUGACCGCACGGCCUUCCUUCUUCCAGCCUUCCACCACCUUCCUGCCGCCACGCUCCCAUCAGCUCUAAAGGGUCCUGUUGGCCACGCCCUCAUUGGUGUGAGACAAGAGGUUCAGAAGGGGCCUGGGAGGGAAGCAGAGGUUCGGCACCCGGCCCUGCUUGUGCUCUGCUUCCCACUCUCCCUCCUGGAAGUCGCCAUGAACAAACCACAUCUGCCCCAAAGAGAGACCCCCUCCUACAGGGACUCCUCCCUCAAUGUCUCUUGGGUGAUCUUCUGCCACAGUAGAGAGCACUGGCUUCAAAUUCCAUCUCUGACAAGCUGUAGCUCUGUGACUCUGGAAAAGUCAUUUGUCUCCUUGGAGCCUCAGUUCCCUCAUCUGUAGAGUGAACCAGCCUCCCAAGACUGUCGUAAACCACUCUUGGGGACAGACUCAGUUUCCCUGGAGUGUCCACAGUGAGGCCAUUAAAGAAGAGGCCAAUGAGGGGAAAGGGAAAGCCACCUCCUGGCUUCUGACUCACCCAGGCUAGUCAUCUAGAACCCUUAGCCACUUGUUCAGAGGAACAAUUUCCUCUGAAUUUGGCCGCAAUCCCAGCAAAGCCUGGAAACAGAAGCCUGUCCUUUGGGCCUGCUCCUGCCCCUCAGGCUUCUGGGAAACUGUGUCUUCUCAGUUUGCUCUCUGAACUACCUGGGGGGUCUCCCAGCCAAGAAGUCAAAGGGCAAGAGGGCUGGGCUGGGGCCUAGGCCUGAGCCUCAGGCCAUGAAAGAAGUCCCCUCUCCUCCCUGGCUGUGGGUGGUAGGCGGGGAAAAGGGCACAAAAACUAUUAGCCCAGGUGACAGGUUUCCUGAGCUCUUGCCAGCCCACAGAGUCCCAACGCAUCCCUGAGCGCCGCUCUUCAGGUCCUCCUGUUCCUUGCCAAGCACCUCCUUCGGGCUCCUGGGUACCAUGCCCUCCCGCUGGCAAUGCGACGCCAGCUUCAUCGUCCGGGCCCUCGCGAUCUGUCAGUGGCACCUGACUUACUUGGCCAUAUUCUGGAUCUUGCUGCCUGCCUUUUUCUACCUGCUGCUCACUCCUUUCUGGUCUCUGCCUGCACUCUACGUGGCCUGGCUUGUCCUGGACUGGAAGACUCCCGAGCAAGGUGGCAGGCGUUCAGCCUGGGUGCAGAACUGGCAAGUCUGGACCAUGCUCCGAGACUACUUCCCCAUUGUGCUCGUGAAGACUAAGGACCUGAGCCCAGAGCACAAUUACAUCAUGGGUGUUCAUCCCCAUGGCAUCCUGACCUUCGGGGCUUUCUGCAACUUCUGCACUGAGGCCACGAGCUUCUCCACCACCUUCCCCGGCAUCACGCCCUACCUGGCCACGCUCUCCUGGUUCUUCAAGAUCCCCUUUAUCAGGGAAUACCUCAUGGCUAAAGGUGUGUGCCCGGUGAGUCAGCCCGCCAUUGACUACAUGCUGUCCAAGAAUGGCUCUGGGAAUCUGGUGGGCAUCGUCAUUGGGGGCGUUGGCGAGGCUCUGCAGAGCGUACCUAACAACACCUCCCUGAUCAUCAAGAAACGCAAAGGGUUCGUGCGCACAGCCCUCCGGCACGGGGCUCACUUGGUCCCGACCUUCACCUUUGGGGAGACGGAAGUCUACCACCAGGUGCUGUUCCCCGAGGGCAGCCGUAUGCACCGAUUCCAGAACUGGUUUCAUAGUUUCUGGGGUUUUUACUUUUGUGUCUUCUAUGGACGUGGCUUCUUCCAGGACUUCUGGGGAAUUCUGCCACUCCCCAAGCCCAUCAUCACCAUCGUUGGGGAGCCUAUAAUGGUCCCCAAGAUGGAGAAUCCGAGCCAAGAGACAGUGGAAAAGUAUCACACCAUAUACAUGGAAGCCCUGAAGAAGUUGUUCGAUGAUCACAAGACCCAGUAUGGGAACUCAAAGACCCAGGAGCUGUUGUUCCUUUGAAGGCUGAGACUGGAGGCUGCAGUCCCCCGAUCCUAUGUGCUAAGCCAAGAGUCAAAGGGGAUGAGGAGGCCGAGGAGUGUCCCUUCUGACCAAGGGAGACACAAGAACUGUAUCCUGUAAACAUCCUUCCCCAGGAAUGUGCUUAGCCCCACCUCUCAAAGAUGUUGUGGGCCUGACCCCUGACCCCAGCCCUUCUCACCAAGAUUUCUGCUUAUCUCUGGCAGCUCCUUAUACAGCUCUGUUCCCCAAAGCCAUGGCCACGUAUCCUGUGAGAUUCCACAUUUCCCACAGUCUCUCUUCCCCUCCCUUCCUCCCUCUCUCCCUCCAGGAUGAUCAACUUUUCAACAAUAGUAUAGAGGUCUGCCUUUCUACUGCCCAAGAAUACUGGCUCUUUGUAAUUGGAUCUGCUGUCUGGAGUCAACCUCAGAGUUGAAAGAGAUUUGCCCCUCUUGGAGCUCUUGGCGGCAGUAGCUGCUGAUCCCCAAGCCCCAAAGCACAACUGAUCUCCUCCCAGGCACCUUUUUAUUUAUUACCCACCUGCCCCAUUACUUUCUUGGGAGGAAUAAGUCUGUCUCUCCUACAACCCUUUGCACCUAUCUAACCAAUAAAUCCUUCAGCAAUGUAAAUUCAUGUGGGGAAAAUGAUAACCCUGAAGACCAUGGGGAAAAGGUGACAGAAUAAGGAAGCAAAUUGCUUAGGCCCUGUAGCAAAAAGCCGGGAAACAUGAAUGAAAGACACUCUCUAGUCCAGGGGCAAGUGGGUGGGAAAACCUUUCAAUCAAGAAUGGGCUCCAAAGCUCAAACAAAGCACCUUUACACUUCAAGCAAAUUCAGCUAAGUGUGCUGCCUGCGUUUGACUGACUGCUCAGGGUUUUCACAGACACAUCUGGCUUUGUUUAACACA